CAUUUCUCCCUAUAUUUGUAGUUGAAUCUUUGUAAUUCCACUCACAUCUCAACCUUGUUGAAUUCCAGUACUUCAAACAAAGUCCAACAAUGCCACCUUCAUAUUUCCAAAUGGACAAUCCGGCCGCAAUACUGUCUUUACUCCGUCCAACUCCCGGCGAUAAGCAUAAAAAAUCCAGUAGCAGCGGCGGUCUCUUGCGCAUGUUCAAGCUCUUCCCCAUGCUAACCUCCGGAUGCAAAAUGGUUGCGCUAUUGGGUCGACCACGGAGGCCUUUGCUGAAAGACAGUGCUAGUACGGGUACUAUUUUCGGGUAUCGCAAAGGCAGGGUCUGCUUAGCGAUACAAGACGAUCCCCAUAGCGUGCCGGUGUUCAUCAUCGAACUACCCAUGCUCACCAGCUUGCUUCAAAAGGAAAUGGCCUCCGAUAUAGUGAGGAUCGCGUUGGAGAGCGAAACCAAGACGCAUAAGAAGAAGGUGCUGGAGGAGUUCGUGUGGGCGGUGUUCUGCAAUGGAAGGAAGAUGGGGUAUUCUAUCAGGAGGAAACAAUUGUCCGAAGAUGAGCUCCAUGUUAUGCGGCUGCUCCGAGGUGUUUCGAUGGGUGCCGGUGUGCUUCCGAUCCCGAACGACAAGGAAACCGACGGGGAAUUGACGUAUAUGAGAGCUAGAUUCGAGAGGGUGGUCGGAUCGAAGGACUCGGAAGCUUUUUAUAUGAUUAAUCCGGAUGGCGUUGUGCCUGGUCCAGAACUCAGUAUUUUCUUUGUAAGAUCUCGUUAGAAAAAAUUAUAAACUAAUACCAUAGAAAACUAUUCUCUUUUAAUGUUUUCACA